ACCAAAAUUUCCUCUCCUCUUCUCUGAAAACACAAAAUGUUGCAGCAGAAUCCUUCAAUGUCGUAAGCAUCAUAUUUGCAGAUGGGAACCUGCACCUCCAAGCCUCAAAAACCAAACCCAUAUGCCUCCAGAGACACACACCAGAAUGACAACAAUUUUGUCUCCGCCCCGCCUCCCAAAUCACCUCCCCCUCCUCCUCUUCCCCCGGCCACCCCCUUCCUCCCUCUGUAUACGCCCAGUCCUGCCCACCACAAAGCCAAGACGCCUUCACAUCCGGUGUUGACUCCCCUCCGUCUUUUUCGGAAGUCGUUCCCACCUCCAUCUCCAGCUAAGCAUAUCCGGGCAGUGCUGAGGCGGCGGAGGAGCAGGAAACAGGAAAAAGAAGCGAGGAUUGCAGAGGAGAAGGAGGAUGAGGAGGAGGAAGAGGAAGAAGAAGAAGAGUUGGUGGAGUUGGAUAAGAGGUUUGGGUUCUCCAAGGAGUUGAGGAGUAGAUUGGAAGUUGGGGAGGAGGUGGGGAGAGGGCAUUUUGGGUAUACUUGUUCUGCUAGGUUCAAGAAGGGUGAGUUCAAGGGCCAGCAGGUCGCUGUCAAGGUCAUCCCCAAGUCCAAGAUGACAACAGCUAUUGCAGUUGAGGAUGUGAGAAGGGAGGUCAAAAUAUUGCGAGCCUUAACAGGACAUAACAAUCUAGUGAAAUUCUAUGAUGCAUUUGAGGAUCAUGAUAAUGUCUAUAUAGUGAUGGAGUUAUGUGAAGGAGGUGAACUUCUUGAUAGAAUACUCUCAAGGGGUGGGAAAUACUCAGAAGACGAUGCAAAGGCUGUAGUGGUACAGAUACUAAGUGUUGUUGGUUUUUGUCAUCUCCAAGGUGUGGUGCACCGAGAUCUCAAACCAGAGAAUUUCCUAUAUACUUCCAAGGAAGAGAAUUCCCAGCUAAAAGCAAUAGACUUUGGCCUGUCAGAUUUUGUUAGACCAGAUGAAAGGCUUAAUGACAUUGUUGGAAGUGCAUAUUAUGUUGCCCCUGAAGUGCUUCAUAGAUCUUAUAGUACAGAAGCUGAUGUAUGGAGUAUAGGUGUGAUAGCCUAUAUUCUCUUAUGUGGUAGCCGUCCAUUCUGGGCCAGGACUGAGUCUGGAAUUUUUCGGGCAGUAUUAAAAGCUGAUCCGAAUUUUGAAGAAAUGCCUUGGCCUUCCUUGUCUUUGGAAGCUAAGGACUUUGUCAAGGGCCUAUUAAAUAAGGAUCCUCGAAAACGGAUGACGGCUGCUCAGGCUUUAAGUCAUCCCUGGAUUCGGAAUUGUAAUAAUAACAUAAAAAUCCCUCUUGAUACUUUGAUUUUUAGACUCAUGAAGACAUAUAUGCGAUCCUCAUCUUUGCGCAAGGCUGCUUUAAGGGCAUUGUCUAAGACAUUGACUUUUGAGGAAAUCUUUUACUUGAAGGAGCAGUUUGCACUUUUAGAGCCUAAAAAUGGCAGCAUAACCUUAGAGAACAUUAGGAUGGCACUGAUGAAACAUGCCACCGAUGCAAUGAAGGAGUCUCGCAUCCCUGAUUUUCUUGCCUCACUAAAUACACUUCAAUACAGAAGAAUGGAUUUUGAAGAAUUUUGUGCAGCUGCUUUAAGUGUCCAUCAGCUUGAGGCACUUGCUAGCUGGGAACAACAUGUUCGUUUUGCAUAUGAGCUUUUUGAGAAAGAUGGAAACAGGGCUAUUGUCAUUGAGGAACUUGCCUCGGAACUUGGGCUUGGUCCAUCUAUCCCAGUUCAUGCUGUUCUCAAUGACUGGAUAAGACAUGAUGAUGGGAAGCUAAGCUUUCUUGGGUUUGUAAAACUGUUACAUGGUGUGUCCAGCCGAUCUCUUGCAAAAGUGCAGUGAGCAUCACAGACACCCAGCACGCCCAAGACCUCUAGGAAGCAGCUUGACUGCUGUACACUUGUUGCUUUAGAUUAAAUGCGUGAAAUUCUGGCUGACGCAUACUAAAGGUGUAAGAAUUGCGAGCAUGCUCUCUAGUCUCUACUACACCUUGCUUCAGAUCAGAUAAAGAAACUUCUUUUUGCUGAUUCUUUGAGGAGUUCGCAAUGUCUGGAGUCUACUCGGUAUUUGGUAAUGGGUUAAUUAUUACUUGAUUUAACUCAAUGAAAGAUAUCAUGGGCACUAGGAGCUCUAAUGUAAAGAUACAGUUCCUUGUUACUCCCAUUGAUGCUUUAUUUAUAAAUUUUCCAUUUGUUGUGUCCCAAAUUUAGUUCAGAAACGGAUGUGCAACGUUCGACAUUGUAGUGUAACUAGAGCACCUAACUCAUAUCCACAUGUACUUCGUAGAAUCUUUGAAUUGUGAGGAGCUGCCAUUACAUAUUUGCAUGCUUAUAUUCUGGACUUGUUCAAUUUGAUGCCUUCCUAGGGGCAUAUCGAACUAUUAGAUUCCACGAACAAAAGUCUCCACCGAGUGGAAUGUAUUUAGGACCAUAAGAGCAUGUAAAAAUGCAAGUCUCUUUAAAAAAUAAAACAGAGAUAGAGUUUUAAUACAUUGGAUCUUUAUUC